AGAACAUACCACAGGCAAAGACACCAUGAUGUUGCUGCUUGCUUUAUUGCUGCACUUAGUGGCUGUGACCUGGACCCAACAUGAUUACUAUUACUCUCAGCAUGAUUAUUCCCCAGAUGAUCAGUGGGUGAAUCUUUUUAGACAGGGCUUUAAUUUCCAGUGCCCACACGGACAGGUAGUAGUUGCUAUACGUAGUACAUAUAGCAAAAAAGAAGGUUCGGACCGACAGUGGAACUACGGAUGUAUGCCAACGCCACAUGAGCUUGGGGAACUGACUGAAUGUUGGUGGGAAGAAAUUAACAGAGCUGGAAUGGAAUGGUAUCAAACAUGUUCCAACAAUGGACUUGUAGCAGGAUUCCAAAGCCAGUACUUUGAGGCAGUGUUGGAUCGAGAAUGGCAAUUUUACUGCUGCCGUUACAGUAAAAGAUGUUCGUAUGGUUGCUGGUUGACAACAGAAUAUCCGGGGCAUUAUGGGGAGGAGUCAGACAUGGUCCUUUAUUCAUACGGCUUUUACAUCCGAGGAGCAACCACCACUUUCUCUGGUGUUGAGAGGGAUCGUCAGUGGAAAUAUAUAAUGUGCAGAAUGACAGACUUCAACUGCGAAUUUGAAAACUUCUAAACGUGCCCCCUCAACCUAUCGACAUAGAACCCGUCCCUUCAUUUCUUCACAUCACUUCAAGUUAAUGUUAGCUUAAAUAAAGUUUCUUUUUUUUUAUUUCUUCCAGCAUUUCAUUUAAUUCAUUAUUGCCACUAACACAUAAACCAUAGAAUUAUAUAACAAAUGAUAUAUUUGUAAAAUGGUUCAGUUUAUAUGGUAUCUGUUGCUAUACAAACCUUAGUACUGCAAAAUCCAGUAUAUUGUUUCUUUUUUCUUUCACAAAACCAUGUAUGCACCAGUAACACCAAUCAUUAAUGUAAGAGAAAUAUAUUAAAACAAAAGCAGAACAGCCGACGUAUACUUUCAAUGCACAAACAUAAUCCCAUUGUAUGCUUGCUAAAAAGCUGUUAUAAUUAAAAUUGUGUCAGAAUUAAA